AUGUACUGCCCACUCACUUCAAUCGCUCGUUUCCUCCGUUCUACCUUGAGCAGGGAGGCGUUGGCCGCGAAGGAUGCCGCUGAGAAGGUGACGGAGUUCAACAUCAUAGACCAGGCGGUGCGCAACGUGGCGGAGCAGCUUUCUAGGUCGAGCAACUGGCACCGGCGAUUCGCGCACCUUCAGGAGUACAUCUGCGAAACCAACAUGGAGCUGCAGGGGAUCCACGACGUGCGAUGGCUCUCUAGAGGAGAGGCAGUCAAGCGGUUCGCCAAGGUUCUGCCGGCGACAAUCGUCCUGCUGCACGAUUUCAAGCACGCGCUAUACGAAACGGUCACCUCUUUCAAAUUCCACUUCAUGCUUUUCUUCCUUGCAGACAUUCUUGCCGUGCUCAACGAGCUCAACGCCAAGUUCCAGAAGCAGCAGGUGACAUGUGGUGUGCUUUGCAACUAUUCAUCCCACGCCCACUCACAGGUUGACAUCACUGUGGUCGCGGGGGAGGUGUCACUCGCUUGCCGGACGAUCGAGGUGCGUUACGUGGACUGCGAGGAUCGUUUCGGCAACGAUCAAUCGCCCCUCCUCUGCGCGUUCCUGAAGAAACACGGCAACCCCGAGCACCGCGAAGUCACCGUCAAAGGCGUGGACCAGAACGGCGAAGCUGCAGAGCACGAGUUCGUGCUUCACGAGCGCAAGAUCCCUGGCCAUAAGACUGGCGGGGACUACUACUCCUGCAAGGCGGUGUGCCAGAAGUUUGCGAGGGUCUGCGUUGCGCGACUGGAGUUCCGCCUGGAAGACCUCAAGAACCUGGCCGGCUCCAAGCUUUUCCGGCCAUCGUGCUAUCGCGACGACAACGCGCAGCGGAUGAAGAAGUGCCGCGAGUGGUUGGGCAUGCUAGACUUCAUGUUUCACCACCGCCUCUUUGGAGUUUCUGUAUUGACUUGUUGUGCUGCUCUGCUCCCUGCUAGGAGUAUUCUGCUGGAACCGGACCAGGCCAGACCAUCCCAUAUGUAG